AGGAGCCGCAGCUGGAGGUGCCCUCCCCGAGCUGCGAGGAGCCGCAGCUGGAGGUGCCCUCGGAGGUGGGCGGCGCCCUGGCCGAGCUGCGGUGCCGCGUGCCCGACUCGUGCCCGCGCCAGCGGCCGCGCCUGCGCUGGGAGGGCGCCCAGGAGCUUCCGGAACUUUCCGAGCGCCAGGGGGCGCGGGGGACGCCGGCGCGCCGCCGCCGCCGGUCGUGGUCCCGGCUGCGCUUGCGGCGCGUGCGCAGCCGGCCCGCCACCUUGGGCUGCCAGGUGACCCUGCCCAACUCCAGCCUGGCCUUCAGCGCCGGCGUGGCGCUCGACGUGCAGUACGAGCCGCAGGUGCUGGAGGUCUCGGGCCCCUCCGAGGCCCUGGAGGGCUCCCAGGUGCUCCUGGGCUGCUCGGCCGAGGGCCGCCCCCCCCCGCUGCUCACCUGGUUCCGGGGGCCGCAGGUGCUGCGGGAGGAGCCGGGGGCGGCGGCGCUGCCGCUGCACCUGAGUCAGGUGAGCCCCCAGGACAGCGGCACCUACACCUGCGUGGCCGAGAACCGGCACGGCCGCCACAACCGGAGCCUGGAGCUGCACGUGGCCUACGCUCCCCGCCCCCCGGUGCUGAACGGCACGCUCUGGGUGCUGGCAGGUGAGCAGGUGCGCCUCACCUGCUCGGCGCGCAGCCACCCCGCCCCGAUCGUGACCUUGGCUCGCGGGCGCCGCGUGGUGGCCGCGGCCGUGUACGAGCGCCAGGUGAGCCUGGAGCUGCCCGCGGCCGCACCUGAGGACGGCGGCGAGUACCUGUGCAGGGCCGAGAACCAGCACGGCCACAGCAGCCUGGCCUUCAACGUCACCGUCGAGUACCCGCCGGUGGUGCUGCCCGAAGUCGGCCUGGCGCCGGGUGGGCGCGGCCUGGCCAGGUGCGUGUGCGCCGCCGCCGCCGUCCGCACCUGCCGUGGCCUUCGAGCUGCCCUGGCUGAACGCCACGGGUGGGCGGACCGGCACGGGCUCACCUGGAGCUCACCUGGCGCCCGGGCGCCGCGCGACCCGCGGGGCCCUGGAGCCGCUGGGCCUGCCCGCGGCACGGCCAGCGCCCGCCACGUGCAGCUGCGCUUCCACCACCCAGCAGGUUUGGUGUGGGCCAAGGUGGGUCCCGUGGGCGCCGUCGUCGCCUUCGCCGUCGUCAUCGCCCUCGUUUGUUACCUGAGCCAGAGCCGCCGCAAGAAGGCGUCGGGAAGCCCCGAGGUGACCCCGGUGACCCCAGCGGGGGGGCGGGACCCGGAGUGUGACCCCGCCCCCUCCCAGGUGCGCUGGCUCCGGCGUUGGGCGCUGGGGGUGGGGGAGGGGCAGGGGGCCCCCCCCGGCCGCCCCCCCCCCAAACCCGCCCGGGGCCCCCCCGAGGAGCCCCCGGAGUACGCGGAGAUCCGGGUCAAGUGA